UCGGGCGCGUUAGCCGGCGUAUAUACCGCGCGACGCUGCCGUCGGCCGCCAGUCCGACCACCAUGACCGCCCGACUGCUGCCGCUGCUGCUGCUGGCCCUGGCCGCCGCCAAACCGGACACGGAAAUAUACCACAGUGUGUCGGGAAAGUGGGGAAAGUCAGACUGCACGGACUGUUUAAGGAAAGGGCCGACCUACUACAUGCGAGACGGGUGGUGCCUAGGCUACUUACCACCGUCGUACUUGUGCGGUUCGGCGGCUCCUGUGGCCGUGGAGGUGACGGUGUCGGACCGCGUGGCCUUCCCCAUGAUCGAGGUGGACCCCACGAUGCGCAACGCCAGCAUCGCGCGUCACCCCAACGCGUCCGGCGUGUGCCGUGGCGUCGCGCACGUCACCACGCGCUUGCGCUGCCAGACAUACAGACUCGCGAAAGCGAAAGGCGUGCGCCCGCUGCCGGCUACUAACGAUGAGGCUUAG